AUGGGCACAUACAAGGAAUGGAAUCUACUCUGUCAAAACCGAUACGAGAUGAUGAGUCGCAAGAAACACAACUCCUUGUUUUUACAAGCAGAGAUGCAACCAUCGGUUAAUCCGGUUAUCGAGAAGUGCUGGAAGAUUAAGACCACUCCUAAGAUCAGAGUUUUCCUGUGGAAGGCACUUACGGGAUCGCUGGCUGUCACCGAGAGACUGAAGACGAGAGGAAUUCACUGCAAUUCGGGGUGUUCUUUUUGUUCGGCAGAAACAGAGGAAAUCAAUCACAUUCUCUUUGAGUGCCCACAAGCGCGCCAAGUCUGGGCCCUGUCCAAUGUCCCCUCGCCGCAAGGUGGUUUCUGUGGCUCUGUUUUCCAAAAUAUAUCAUACUUAACAGAGAUUGGUAAACGGGAGGCUAUCCCUGAAGAAAUCCGAGCUGUUGGACCCUGGAUACUAUGGGUCUUGUGGAAGAACAGGAAUGUAAAGCUGUUCGAGGGCAAAAUGUUUCUACCCAAUGAAGUGGUGGCAAAAGCAUAUGACGAUGCACGACAGUGGUCCGUGGCCCAACAUCGGACAGAGAGGAUGAAAGAGAAGACGGUUGAGGCGAAACAUCAGUGGGUACCACCGGAGGUCGGGAGGUUCAAGUGCAAUAUCGGUUUUGCGUGGACUAAGAGAACAUACAUCGCGGGAGCUUCGUGGGUGCUCCGUGAUGCCUCGGGUUCAGUCAUUUGUCACAGUAGAAGGGCCUUUACACAGGUGGGAUCGUGUUUUGAUGCCAAAGUGCUAAGUUGGGAAUGGGCUCUACAAGGGAUGCAGGACCUACGGUAUCAACAUGUUACGUUUGCGGCAUCAACGAUGGAGUUUAUAAACGCUUUAUAUGAACCCCAGCUUUGGCCGUCCCUCACUGGUCAUAUUGCAGGUCUAUUAAGCUUUACAACAGACAAGGUCGGCUGGGAUAUGUCAUACGAGGAGCCAAGAGCAAACUUCGGAGCAUCUAAGAUAGCUAAGAGUGUGAUCAUGAAAAAUAGAAGGCGAUCCUAUGUAGCUCAAGGAGCACCCAAGUGGAUGGAGGCAGUAUUUGAGAAAGAGAAACCUUUGCGUGGAGACUAA